GUCCCGGGGCUGUCCCGGGGGUGUCCCGGGGGUCUCCCCGUGCCCCACGGUGCCCCCGCUGUCCCCCCAGGCUGGGAGGUGACACCGGAGCCGCCGCGAGGUUCCCGAGCGAGGCCCGAGGAUUCCCGGGGCGGAUCCGGCCCGGUACCGGCACCGGGAGCGCGCCAAGAUGGAGCGCGAGGAGGAGGAGACGCGCGAGAUCCUGCUGCCCAACUGGCAGGGCAGCGGCUCGCACGGCAUCACCAUCGCCCAGACCGACGACGGCGUCUUCGUCCGCCGCGUGCAGCAGAACUCGCCCGCCGCCCGCAUGGGCGUGGUCAAGGAAGGGGAUCAGAUCGUCAGCGCCACCGUCUACUUCGACAAGCUGCAGUCGGGGGAGGCGGCGCAGCUGCUGCAGAGCAUGGGGCAGCACACGCUGGGGCUGCGGCUGCAGCGCCGCGGCGACCGCUCGCCCACGGCCGGACACGGCUGCGGCCAGCUCGGACACGGCUGCGGCCAGCUGGCCUUCGCGCCCGGCAGCCCCGAGGUCGUGCUGAGCGGCGAUGACGAGGAGUACCAGCGCAUCUACACCACCAAAAUCAAACCGCGGCUCAAGUCCGAGGACGGCGCCGAGGCCGAAGCCGGGGCCACGCAGAGCAGAACCAUCACGGUCACCCGCAAGCUCACCGCCUACACCGUGGACGUCACCAGCCACGACGGCGACCUCGGCGGCCUCGGCGGCCCCGACGUCCGCGUCCCCACGCCGGAGCUCGGCGCCGAUGUCCGAGCGGGGCCGGGGAUCCUGCCCGGCCCACCCGAGGGGCUCCACCUGAGAACGGAGCCCCAGAGCCAAAUUCCUGCUGGAGAAACUGGAAAAUCCCUGCCGGGCUGGAAGGGCUCCGGCGCCUUGCCGGGGUCGCCCCGGGUCGAGGCCAACGGACAGUUUGGGGAGCCGGACGGGUCGUUCCGCGUGUCCGGCGUGGCUCCGUGUCCGCAGGGAGAGGUCAGCGUCUCCUCGCCGCCCGUGGACGUGGGCAAGAUCAAGAUCCCGACGUUAAAAAUCCCCAAAUUCGGCUUCCGGGCCGGCGGCGAAGCCGCGGCCCCGCAGGUGGGCACGGGGAUGGACGUCACCUGCUCGCCCGCGCCGGACGUUUCGUCCCCGUCCGGCAAAGCCCCGGUGCCGCAGGUGGACGUGGCGGUCAAAGGUGCCACCAAGGUCCCCUCCCCUCCUCUGGACGUCCCCGGCGUGGAGGUGGCGGCCCCGGACGGCGCCAAGGGGAAAAUCAAAAUCCCGCACUUGACCUUCCCCAAAUUCACCGCCCAGGGCGACGGCGGCACCGCGGAUGUCCCCAAGGGCGUGGCCGUGCCCGAGGUGGCCCCGGAAGGAGAAUGGAAAGGCCCCACCUUCAAGAAGGUGGAAACGCCCCAAAUUUCGCUGUCGGACGUGAACCUGAACCUGAAGGGCCCCCGAGGGGAAGGGGACAUCAAAGGACUCUGCCCCAAGGGUCCCCAGGUGGACGUGGCCGGGCCAGGGGGUGGCCUGAAGGGCGUGGAGAUGGACGUUGGCUUGAAGGGAGGAGUGGACGUGUCCGUGCCGACCGUGGGGGGCGAAUUGAGGGGACCCCAACUGGACCUUAAAGGGCCCCAAAUUGGGGUGGAGGUGCCCGGAGUGGACAUCAAGGGCCCCGCGGUGAAGGUGCCCGAGAUGAGCGUCAAGACCCCCCAAAUCUCCGUGCCCGACGUCGACCUGAGCCUGAAAGGGCCCGGAGUGAAGGGAAAUCUGGAUGUUUCUGCCCCAAAACUGGAAGGGGAGCUGAAGACCCCCGGACUGGACAUCAAAGGCCCCAAAGUCGAGGUUGGGAGCCCAGAAAUGGAGAUCCAGGGGCCCGAGGGGAAACUGAGGUUCCCCAAGCUGAAAAUGCCCAAAUUUGGGGUGAAGGGAGAGAGCCCCAGUGUUGAUGUGACCCUUCCCAAAGCGGGGGUGGACGUCUCCUGCCCCAAGGUGGACGUCAGCGUCCCGAGCGUGGACGUCAAGGCCCCCAAAGUGGACACUGAAGCACCCGAAGUGGACGUCCAUGGCCCCGAGGGCAAAUUCAAGAUGCCCAAGUUCAAAAUGCCCAAAUUUGGGAUGCCCGGGGUCAAGGCAGAAGGUCCCGAGCUGGACGUGAACCUCCCCAAGGGCGGCGUGGAGGUGUCCGGCCCCAAGGUGGACGUUGAGGCGCCAAGUUUGGACAUCCAGGGGCCCCAAAUGCACCUCAAGGGCCCCAAAAUUUCCAUGCCGGACGUGGACCUGACCAUGAACGGUGCCAAGGCCAGCGGCGACCUGGACGUGUCCGUGCCGGGUUUGAAGGGCCCCGAGCUGGACAUCAAAGGCCCCAAAGUCGAGGUUGAAGCCCCAGAUUUGGACGUCCAAGGGCCCGAGGGCAAACUGAGGUUCCCCAAGAUGAAAAUGCCCAAAUUUGGGGUGAAGGCAGAGAGCCCCGAGCUCGAGGUGGCCCUUCCCAAGGGCGGAGUGGACGUUUCGGGUCCCGGCGUCGCCGUCGAGGUCCCCGGCGUGGAGCUGAAGGGCCCCAAGGUGAAGGUGCCCGAGGUGAGCAUCAAAACCCCCCAGAUCUCCAUGCCCGACAUCGACCUGAACCUCAAAGGGCCCAAAGUCAAGGCAGAUUUGGACGUUUCCACCCCAAAACUGGAAGGGGAGCUGAAGACCCCCGGAUUGGACAUCAAGGGCCCCAAAGUUGAGGUUGAAGCCCCAGAUUUGGCCGUCCAAGGGCCCGAGGGUAAACUGAGGUUCCCCAAGAUGAAAAUGCCCAAAUUUGGGGUGAAGGGAGAGAGCCCCGAGCUGGAGGUGACGCUCCCCAAGGGGCAGGUGGACAUUUCCGCCCCCAAGGUGGACAUCGACGUCCCGAGCGUGGACGUGGAGGGGCCGGAGGUCAAAGGGAAAGGCCUCAAGUUCAAAAUGCCCGAACUCAAUGUUCAGACCCCAAAACUCUCCAUGCCAGAUGUGGAUCUGGGCUUGAAGGCCCCGAAACUCAAAGGGGAUGUCGGAAUUUCUGGGCUGAAGGGCCCGAAAAUCGACGUGAAAGGCCCCAAAGUGGAUGUGGAAGGUGCCAAAAUCGACGUGAAAGGUCCCAAGUUGGAUGUGGAAAGUCCCAAAAUCGACGUGAAAGGUCCCAAGUUGGAUGUGGAAAGUCCCAAAAUCGACGUGAAAGGUCCCAAGUUGGAUGUGGAAGGUCCCAGGUUGGAAGUGGAAGGUCCCAAGUUGGAUGUUGACGUGCCCGAGGUGGACUUGGAAUGUCCAGAAGGGAAGGUGAAAGGCCCCAAAUUCAAGAUGCCGAAACUCAACAUCACAUCCCCCAAAAUCUCGAUGCCGGACGUGGAUUUGAACCUGAAGGGACACAAAGUGAAGGGAGAGGUGGACGUGUCCCUCCCCAAGGUCGAAGGUGACAUCAAGGGGCCGAAGGUGGACGUGGAGGUCCCGGACGUCCACCUGGAAGGUCCAGAGGCCAAACUGAAAAUGCCCAAAAUGAAAUUGCCUCAUUUCAACGUGUCCGGCCCCAAAAUGGAGGGGCCCGAGGUGGACGUGACCCUGCCCAAAGGAGAGGUGGACAUCUCUGGGCCAGAGGUGGACGUUGAGGGGCCGGAGGUGGACGUUGGAGGAGCGGAAGGGAAAUGGAAAGGUCCCAAAUUCCGGAUGCCGAAGCUGAACAUCAAACCCCACAAAAUCUCGAUGCCGGACGUGGAUUUGAACCUGAAGGGACCCAAAGUGAAGGGAGAUGUGGACGUGUCCCUCCCCAAGGUGGAAGGGGAGUUGAAAGCUCCAGAAGUGGACAUUAAAGGGCCGAAAGUGGACGUCGAGGUGCCCGGCGUGGAUUUGGAGGGUCCCGAGGGGAAGAUCAAAGGCCCCAAGUUCAAGAUGCCUGAGAUGCACAUCAAGACACAGAAGAUCUCCAUGCCCGACGUGGACAUCAACCUGAAGGGCCCCAAGGUCAAGGGCGAUGUGGACGUGUCCCUUCCAAAGCUGGAGGGUGAGCUGAAGGGGCCUGAACUGGACAUCAAAGGCCCCAAAGUGGACAUUGAAGCACCCGACGUGGACAUUCACGGCCCUGAGGGGAAAUUCAAGAUGCCCAAGUUCAAGAUGCCCAAAUUUUGGAUGCCCGGGGUCAAGGCAGAGGGUCCAGAGCUGGACGUGAACCUCCCAAAAGGAGACCUGGAUGUGUCCGGCCCCAAGGUGGACAUUGAAGGGCCAGAGGUGGACGUGGAGCUGCCAGAGGGGAAGAUCAAAGGCCCCAAGUUCAAGAUGCCCGAGAUGCAUUUCAAGACCCCCAAGAUCUCCAUGCCCGACAUUGAUUUGAACCUGAAGGGUCCAAAAGUGAAGGGAGAUGUCGAUGUCUCUGUCCCCAAGAUGGAGGGUGAGCUGAAAGGUCCCGAAAUCGACCUCAAGGGCCCCAAAGUGGACAUUGAAGCACCUGACGUGGACAUUCAUGGCCCUGAGGGGAAAUUCAAGAUGCCCAAGUUCAAGAUGCCCAAAUUUGGGAUGAAGGGUGAAGGUCCCGAGGUGGAUGUGAGCCUCCCAAAAGGAGACCUGGAUGUGUCUGGCCCCAAGGUGGACAUUGAGAUGCCGAGUGUGGACAUUGAGGGCCCAGAGGGGAAGAUCAAAGGCCCCAAGUUCAAGGUGCCCGAGAUGAACAUCAAGGCCCCCAAGAUCUCCAUGCCUGACAUUGACCUGAACCUGAAAGGCCCCAAAGUCAAGGGGGGUGUGGAUGUCUCCGUCCCCAAAUUGGAGGGCGACCUGAAAGGUCCGGAUGUGAACAUUAAAGGUCCGAAGGUGGAUGUGGACGUUCCUGACGUGGACGUUGAAGGUCCAGAGGGGAAGUGGAAGGGACCCAAGAUCAAGAUGCCGGAGAUGAACAUCAAGGCACCGAAAUUUUCUCUGCCUGAUGUCGACUUGAACCUGAAGGGUCCCAAACUGAAGGGAGAAGUGGGCGUGUCUGCCCCAAAAAUAGAAGGUGACGUGAAAGUGCCGGAUGUGGAGUUGAAAGGACCCAAAGUGGACGUGGAUGUCCCUGACAUCGAACUGGAGGGCCCCGAGGGGAAGAUCAAAGGCCCCAAGUUCAAGAUGCCCGAGAUGCACUUCAAGGCCCCCAAGAUCUCCAUGCCCGACUUUGAUCUGAACCUGAAGGGCCCCAAAGUGAAGGGAGACGUGGACGUGUCCCUCCCGAAAAUCGAGGGAGAUUUGAAGGCUCCAGAGGUCGACAUCAAAGGCCCCAAAGUCGAUGUGGAUCUCCCCGACGUCGACCUGGAGUGUCCUGAGGGGAAACUGAAGGGCCCCAAGUUCAAGAUGCCCGAGAUGCACUUCAAAACCCCCAAGAUCUCCAUGCCUGAUAUCGACCUCAACCUGAAGGGCCCCAAACUGAAGGGGGACGUAGACAUUUCCGCCCCCAAACUGGAAGGUGACCUGAAGGGCCCAGACGUGGACAUCAAAGGUCCCAAAGUGGACAUCGAAGCUCCCGACGUGGACAUUGACCUCCCAGAGGGAAAGGUGAAGGGCCCCAAGUUCAAGAUGCCCGAGAUGCACUUCAAGGCCCCCAAAAUCUCCAUGCCUGACUUUGAUCUGAACCUCAAGGGCCCCAAGGUCAAAGGUGAUGUGGAUGUGUCCGUGCCAAAGCUUGAAGGGGACCUGAAAGGGCCGGAGGUGUCACUGAAAGGUCCAAAAGUUGAUGUCGAGGUGCCCGAUGUGGAGCUGGAAUGCCCAGAAGGGAAGAUCAAAGGCCCCAAGUUCAAGAUGCCCGAGAUGCACUUCAAGGCCCCCAAGAUCUCCAUGCCCGACUUCGAUCUCAACCUGAAGGGCCCCAAACUGAAGGGGGACGUUGAUGUUUCAGCUCCAAAGCUGGAGGGUGACCUGAAGGGCCCUGAAUUGGAUAUCAAGGGCCCCAAAGUUGAUGUCAACCUUCCCGACGUUGACCUAGAGUGCCCUGAGGGGAAACUGAAGGGCCCCAAGUUCAAGAUGCCCGAGAUGCACAUCAAGGCCCCCAAGAUCUCCAUGCCCGACAUCGACCUCAGCCUCAAAGGCCCCAGACUGAAGGGGGAUGUCGAUGUCUCUGUUCCAAAGCUUGAGGGAGAUCUGAAAGCCCCAGACAUCGACAUCAAAGGCCCCAAAGUCAAUGUGGACCUCCCCGACGUUGAGCUGGAGUGUCCCGAGGGGAAGAUCAAAGGCCCCAAGUUCAAGAUGCCCGAGAUGCACAUCAAGGCCCCCAAGAUCUCCAUGCCCGACGUUGACUUCAACCUCAAAGGCCCCAAAGUCAAGGGUGACAUCGAUGUUUCUGCUCCAAAGCUGGAGGGUGACCUGAAGGGCCCCGAAAUCGACAUCAAGGGCCCCAAAGUGGACAUUGAAGCACCAGACGUGGACAUUCAUGGUCCUGAGGGAAAAUUCAAGAUGCCCAAGUUCAAAAUGCCCAAAUUUGGGAUGAAGGGAGAAGGCCCCGAGGUGGACGUGAACCUCCCAAAAGGAGACCUGGAUGUGUCUGGCCCCAAGGUGGACAUUGAAGGGCCUGACGUGGACGUGGAGCUGCCAGAGGGGAAGAUCAAAGGCCCCAAGUUCAAGAUGCCCGAGAUGCAUUUCAAGACCCCCAAGAUCUCCAUGCCUGACAUCAACCUGCACCUCAAAGGCCCCAAGGUCAAGGGCGAUGUCGAUGUUUCCCUUCCCAAGGUGGAAGGUGACCUCAAGGGCCCUGAACUGGACAUCAAAGGCCCCAAAGUGGAUGUUGACCUCCCCGAUGUUGAGCUGGAAGGUCCCGAGGGGAAGAUCAAAGGCCCCAAGUUCAAGAUGCCCGAAAUGCACAUCAAGGCCCCCAAGUUCUCCAUGCCUGAUGUUGACUUCAGCUUGAAAGGCCCCAAGGUCAAGGGUGAUGUGGAUGUGUCCCUUCCAAAGCUGGAGGGUGACCUGAAAGGACCUGAACUGGACAUCAAAGGCCCCAAAGUAGAUGUUGAUGUGCCAGACGUGGACAUUCAUGGCCCAGAAGGAAAAAUAAAGUUCCCCAAGUUCAAGAUGCCCAAAUUUGGGAUGCCCGGGGUCAAGGCAGAGGGUCCAGAGCUGGACGUGAACCUCCCAAAAGGAGACCUGGAUGUGUCCGGCCCCAAGGUGGACAUUGAAGGCCCAGAGGUGGACGUGGAGCUGCCAGAGGGGAAGAUAAAAGGCCCCAAGUUCAAGAUGCCCGAGAUGCAUUUCAAGGCCCCCAAGAUCUCCAUGCCCGAUGUUGACUUCAACCUCAAAGGCCCCAAACUGAAGGGGGAUGUCGAUGUUUCUGCUCCCAAACUCGAGGGUGACCUGAAAGCCCCAGACAUCGACAUCAAAGGCCCCAAAGUGGAUGUUGAUCUCCCCGAUGUUGAGCUGGAAGGUCCCGAGGGGAAGAUCAAAGGCCCCAAGUUCAAGAUGCCCGAAAUGCACAUCAAGGCCCCCAAGUUCUCCAUGCCUGAUGUUGAUUUCAGCCUGAAGGGCCCCAAAGUCAAGGGGGACAUCGACGUCUCUGUCCCUAAACUGGAAGGUGACAUCAAGGGGCCUGAACUGGACGUGGACGUGAACCUCUCGACAGGAAACCUGGAUGUGUCUGGCCCCAAGGUGGACAUUGAAGGGCCAGAGGUGGACGUAGAGCUGCCAGAGGGGAAGAUCAAAGGUCCCAAGUUCAAGAUGCCCGAGAUGCACAUCAAGGCCCCCAAGAUCUCCAUGCCCGACGUUGACUUCAACCUCAAAAGCCCCAAACUGAAGGGAGACGUGGACGUGUCCCUUCCAAAGGUUGAGGGAGACCUGAAAGGUCCCGAAAUCGACAUCAAAGGCCCCAAAGUGGAUGUUGAUCUCCCUGAUGUUGAAUUGGAAGGUCCCGAGGGGAAGAUCAAAGGCCCCAAGUUCAAGAUGCCUGAGAUGCACAUCAAGGCCCCCAAAAUCUCCAUGCCCGAUGUUGACUUCAGCCUGAAGGGCCCCAAAGUCAAGGGUGACAUCGACGUCUCUGUCCCUAAACUGGAAGGUGACCUGAAAGGGCCUGAACUGGACAUCAAAGGGCCCAAAGUGGACAUUGAAGCACCCGACGUGGACAUUCACGGCCCAGAAGGGAAAGUUAAAAUGCCCAAGUUCAAAAUGCCCAAAUUCGGCUUUUCUGGGCCCAAAGUGGAAGGCCCCGACCUGGAUGUGAACCUCCCCGAGGCCGAGGUCAACAUUUCGGGUCCAAAAGUCGACGUUUCUGUCCCCGACCUGGACGUUGAAGGCCCCGAAGGGAAAUUGAAGGGCCCCAAGUUCAAGAAGCCGGAGCUGCAGUUCAAUGUCCCCAAGAUCUCCAUGCCCGACAUCGACCUGAACCUGAAAGGCCCCAAAAUCAAAGGUGACCUCGAUGCUUCUCUUCCCAAGGUCGAGGGCGAGCUGAAAGGCCCAAAAGUGGACAUCAAGGGGCCGGAGCUUGAGCUGGAGGGGCCAAAGGUUGACCUCGAAGGAAAAGCUAAAAAAUCCAGGUUUAAACUUCCCAAGUUUGGCUUUUCUGGCCCCAAAGUUCAAAGCCCCGAGGUGGAUGUGAAGCUGAAAAAGCCUGAGGUGGAACUGUCCGGACCGAAAGUCGAGGUCCAGGCUCCGGAUUUGGAUAUCCAGGGAAAAUCCAAGGGUUCCAAAUUCAAAAUGCCUUUUCUGAACAUUUCUUCACCCAAAGUCUCGAUGCCGGACGUGGAGCUGAACCUGAAGGGGCACAAAAUGAAGGGGGAGUUUGACCUGUCCACCCCCAAACUGGAAGGGGAGCUGAAAGCGCCUGAGGUGGACAUCAAGGGCCCGAAGGUCAACAUCGAGGCCCCCGACGUGGAUGUUCACGGCCCAGAAGGGAAAAUCAAAAUGCCCAAGUUCAAAAUGCCCAAAUUUGGGGUUCCUGGGUUUAAAGGGGAGGGGCCAGAGGUGGAUGUGAACCUGCCGACAGGAGAACUGGAUGUGUCCGGUCCGAAAGUGGACAUUGAAGGUCCGGAGGUGGACAUUGAGGGGCCGGAAGGGAAGAUCAAAGGCCCCAAGUUUAAGAUGCCCGAGAUGAACAUCAAGGCCCCCAAAAUCUCCAUGCCCGACAUCGACCUCAACCUGAAGGGCCCCAAAGUGAAGGGGGACGUGGACGUGUCCCUGCCCCAGGUGGACCUGAAAGGACCCAAGGUGGACGUGGAAGUUCCCGACAUCGACGUCGAAGGUCCGAAAGGGAAAAUCAAAGGCCCCAAAUUUAAAAUGCCCGAGAUGAACAUCAAAGCUCCCAACCUCUCCAUGCCGGAGCUGGACCUCAACCUGAAAGGCCCCAAGGUCAAAGGGGGGGUGGACGUCGAUGUGUCCGCACCAAAAAUCGAAGGGGACCUGAGCUUGCCGGACGUCGACAUCAAAGGCCCCAAGGUGGACAUUGAAGGUCCAGAGGUGGACAUUGAAGGGCCUGAGGGGAAGAUCAAAGGCCCCAAGUUCAAGAUGCCCGAGAUGCACAUCAAGGCCCCCAAGAUCUCCAUGCCCGACGUUGACUUCAACCUCAAAGGCCCCAAAGUCAAGGGUGACAUCGAUGUUUCUGCUCCAAAGCUGGAGGGUGACCUGAAGGGCCCCGAAAUCGACAUCAAGGGCCCCAAAGUGGACGUUGAUGUGCCAGACGUGGACAUUCAUGGUCCAGAAGGAAAAUUCAAGAUGCCCAAGUUCAAAAUGCCCAAAUUUGGGAUGAAGGGAGAAGGCCCCGAGGUGGACGUGAACCUCCCAAAAGGAGACCUGGAUGUGUCUGGCCCCAAGGUGGACAUUGAAGGGCCUGACGUGGACGUGGAGCUGCCAGAGGGGAAGAUCAAAGGCCCCAAGUUCAAGAUGCCCGAGAUGCAUUUCAAGACCCCCAAGAUCUCCAUGCCCGACAUCGACCUGAACCUGAAGGGCCCCAAACUGAAGGGGGAUGUUGAUGUUUCCCUUCCCAAAGUGGAAGGGGACCUGAAAGCCCCAGACAUCGACAUCAAAGGCCCUAAAGUGGAUGUUGAUCUCCCCGAUGUUGAGCUGGAAGGUCCCGAGGGGAAGAUCAAAGGCCCCAAGUUCAAGAUGCCUGAGAUGCACAUCAAGGCCCCUAAAAUCUCCAUGCCUGACUUUGAUCUGAACCUGAAGGGCCCCAAAGUCAAGGGAGACGUGGACGUGUCACUGCCAAGCGUGGAAGGAGACCUGAAAGGGCCAAAGGUGGACGUGAAAGGCCCCGAAUUUGAUGUUUCUGCUCCAGAUGUUCAAAUCGAGGGCCCUGAGGGGAAAAUCAAAGGCCCCAAGUUCAAGAUGCCCGAGAUGAACAUCAAGGCCCCCAAAAUCUCCAUGCCCGACUUUGAUCUGAACCUGAAGGGCCCCAAAUUAAAGGGAGACGUUGAUGUGUCUGUCCCCAAAGUGGAAGGGGACCUGAAAGCCCCAGAGAUCGACAUCAAAGGCCCCAAAGUGGAUGUUGAUCUCCCUGACGUUGAGUUGGAAGGUCCCGAGGGGAAGAUCAAAGGCCCCAAGUUCAAGAUGCCCGAGAUGAACAUCAAGGCCCCCAAAAUCUCCAUGCCCGACGUUGACUUCAACCUCAAAGGCCCCAAAGUCAAGGGCGAUGUGGACGUGUCUCUUCCAAAGCUGGAGGGUGACCUGAAGGGCCCCGAAAUCGACAUCAAGGGCCCCAAAGUGGACGUUGAUGUGCCAGACGUGGACAUUCAUGGUCCAGAAGGAAAAUUCAAGAUGCCCAAGUUCAAAAUGCCCAAAUUUGGGAUGAAGGGAGAAGGCCCCGAGGUGGACGUGAACCUCCCAAAAGGAGACCUGGAUGUGUCUGGCCCCAAGGUGGACAUUGAAGGGCCUGACGUGGACGUAGGAGACCUGGAUGUGUCCGGCCCCAAGGUGGACAUUGAAGGCCCAGAGGUGGACAUUGACCUCCCAGAGGGGAAGAUCAAAGGCCCCAAGUUCAAGAUGCCUGAGAUGCAUUUUAAGACCCCAAAAAUCUCCAUGCCCGAUGUUGACUUCAGCCUGAAGGGCCCCAAAGUCAAGGGGGACAUCGACGUCUCUGUCCCCAAACUGGAAGGUGACAUCAAGGGGCCUGAACUGGACAUCAAGGGCCCCAAAGUGGACAUUGAAGCGCCCGAUGUGGACAUUCACGGCCCAGAAGGAAAAAUAAAGUUCCCCAAGUUCAAGAUGCCCAAAUUUGGGAUGCCCGGGGUCAAGGCAGAAGGCCCCGAGGUGGACGUGAACCUCUCGACAGGAAACCUGGAUCUGUCCGGUCCCAAGGUGGACAUUGAAGGUCCAGAGGUGGACGUGGAGCUGCCAGAGGGGAAGGUGAAGGGUCCCAAGUUCAAGAUGCCCGAGAUGCACAUCAAGGCCCCCAAGAUCUCCAUGCCCGACCUCGACCUGAACCUGAAGGGCCCCAAGGUCAAAGGUGACGUGGACGUGUCCCUGCCCAGUGUGGAAGGAGAGCUGAAAGGUCCCGAGGUCAACGUCACCGCCCCCGAUGUCAGCAUCGACGGCCCCGAGGGCAAAUUGAAGCUUCCCAAGUUCAAGAUGCCCAAAUUCUCCAUGCCUGGAUUCAAAGGGGACGGGGUGGACGCGGACCUGACCCUCCCCAAGGGUGACGUGUCCAUUUCAGGCCCCAGCGUGGACGUGGAGGCUCCUGAGCUGAGCGUCGACGGCAAAGUCAAAGGUCCCAAAUUUUCCAUGCCUGAGAUGCACAUCAAGGCCCCCAAGAUCUCCAUGCCCGACGUCGAUUUCAACCUGAAGGGCCCCAAACUGAAGGGGGAUGUCGAUGUCUCUGUCCCAAAGCUUGAGGGAGACCUGAAAGGUCCCGAAAUUGACAUCAAAGGCCCCAAAGUCGAUGUUGACCUCCCUGGUGUUGAGUUGGAAGGUCCUGAGGGGAAGAUCAAAGGCCCCAAGUUCAAGAUGCCCGAGAUGAACAUCAAGGCCCCCAAAAUCUCCAUGCCCGACGUUGACUUCAACCUGAAGGGCCCCAAAGUCAAGGGUGACAUCGAUGUCUCCAUCCCCAAGCUGGAGGGGAACCUGCAGUGCCCAGAUGUCGACCUCAAGGGCCCCAGAGUGGACAUUCAGGCGCCGGACGUGACCCUGGAAGGGCCCAAGGUCAAGAUGCCCGAAAUUCACGUCAAGACCGAUGUCUCCGUCCCCAAGCUGGAGGGGAACCUGCAGUGCCCAGAUGUCGACCUCAAGGGCCCCAGAGUGGACAUUCAGGCGCCGGACGUGACCCUGGAAGGGCCCAAGGUCAAGAUGCCCGAAAUUCACGUCAAGACCCCCCAGAUCUCCAUGCCCGACAUCGACCUGAACCUGAAGGGCCUGAAGGUCAAAGGUGACCUGCACGGCCCCAAGCUCGAGGGGGGUCUGAAGGGCCCCGAGGUCGACAUCAAAGGCCCCAAAGUCGACGUUGAGGGCCCGGCGUUCGACGUUGACGGUCUGGAGGGGAAAGUGAAGCUGCCCAAAAUGAAAAUGCCCAAAUUUGGCUUGAAGGGCGAAGGUCCCGACGUGGACGUGGACUUGCCGAAGGCCGAGGUGGAUCUGUCAGGCCCCAAGGUUGAUGUCAGCCUGCCAGAGGUCAACGUUGAAGGUCUGGAGGGCAAAGUGAAAGGUCCUAAAGUGAAAAUGCCCGAAAUGCACGUGAACGUCCCCAAAAUCUCCAUGCCCGAGAUAGACUUGAACCUGAAAGGCCACAAAACCAAGGGCGGCUUUGACAUUUCCACCCCAAAGGUGGAAGGUCACCUGAAAGGCCCCGAGGUCGACCUCAAAGGCCCAGAAUUCGGAGUCAAAGGCCCUGAAGUUGACGUUGAGUGUCCUGACCUGAACGUCGAGGUCCCAGAAGCCAACAUCAAAGUUCCCAAGUUUAAAAAGUCCAAAUUUGGGUUCGGAAUGAAAAGCCCCAAGGCGGAGGUGGAUUUACCUGAGGCGGAGCUGAACGUGGAGUCACCUGAGGCCCACCUGUCCGGGAAGGGCAAGAAGAGCAAGUUCAAGAUGCCCAAAAUCCACAUGAGCGGCCCCAAAGUGAAGGGCAAGAAGGGCGCCUUCGACGUGAACGCGGCGGGGGCCGAGCUGGACGUGGAGCUCAACGUCCCCAGCCCCGACGUCACCAUCGGGGGCAACGCCGCCAUGAAGUCCCCCAAAGGCAAGAAACCCAUGUUUGGGAAGAUCUCCUUCCCGGACGUCGAAUUCGACCUGAAAUCGCACAAAUUCCGUGGGGAGGCCUCGGUGGGGGUCCCGAAAGUCGAGGGCGAUCUGGAGGUCAAGGGCGACCUCAAGGGCCCGAGCCUCAACGCGGAUCUUGAAGGUCCUGAGGUGAACCUGAAGAGCCCGAAAUUCAAACUCCCCGGGGUCCAGGUGGGCACGGGGGACGUGAAAAUCGGGGGGGACCUGAAGGGCCCCGCCGGGAUGGACGUCACCGUCCCCUCGGCCGCGGCACCGGACGUCAGCGUGAAAGGACCAAAAGUAAAAGGUGAAGUUGGCAUUGCCGGAGCACAACUGGAAGGUCCCGAGGUGAACCUGGGAUGGCCCAAGGGGGGGAAAACGGGUUUGGGGCUGGAAAUGCCGGACGUGAGCUCGGAGGUGGACGUGAAGCUCAAAGGGCCCCAGAUCUCCAGACCUGAGUUGGAGGGGAACCUGAAAGGACCAAAAUUAAAGGGAGAUUUGGACAUUUCGGGCUCGGUGGACGCGCCCGGCCUGGACCUCGGCGGCCUCGGGGGCAAGGUGAAGCUGCCCGCUGUGAAGUCCCCGACGCUGGAGGUCCAGGGGGGCGUCCCCUGCUCCGUCCAGUCCCCGGGGGUCACCCUGGACCUCCAGGGGCCCUCGAUGGACGUCCCCGGCCUGGAUUUGGAUGUCAACGCGAAAGGACCAAAGUUGAAAGGAGACGUCGGCGUCAAAUCCCCCCAGGUGUCGGCGGACGACUCCGGCUUGGAAAUUUUGGGGGGCACCAUCAAGCUCCCGUCCCUGAAGCUGCCCCAGUUCAGCAUCUCCAGCCCCGGCGUGGACGGGGGGGACGCGGGGGUCACCCUGGAGGGCCCCCAGCUCAAGGGGGGGCUGAAGGGCUCCGGUUUGGGGCUGGAAGGCCCCGAGGUGGAGCUGAAAGGGCCGAAAUUCUCCACGCCGGAAGUCGACCUGAGGCUGAAAGGACCAAACGUGGGCGCGGCCGGUGACAUCAAAGGGUCAAAGGUCAGCGUGGAAGGGGUGGGCGUCCACCUGGAGGCUCCAGCCUUGGAAGUGUCCGGCUCGGGGUUGAACGUCAACGUGAAAGGGCCGAAGGUGAAAGGCGGGGCCGAGGCGACGCCGCCGUCGGUCGGCGCCGCUUCCGGAACCUUCCACGCCUCCUGCCCCAAGGCGGGCGCCGAGGGCGGCCAGGUCAAAGUCUCCUUCCCCAAGCUGCGGAUGCCCAAAUUCGUCUUCUCCGAGCCCGAGGCCAAGUGCCGCGAGGUCGGGGUGGACGUCGACUUCCCCGAGGCGGCCGAGCCGGAGCCGGACGAGGCCGAGGCUCGGCUGAAGAAAUCCAAGCUCAAGAUGCCCAAAUUCAACUUCUCCAAGCAGAAAGGCCGCGCCGGCGGCGGAGCCACGCCGGCGUCCCCCGAGGCGGCGUCCGGCUCGGUGUCCGGCUCCAAGGGCGACCUCAAGAGCUCCAAAUCCAGCCUGGGCCCGGCCGAGGGCGAGCCGGAGGCCGAGGCGCCGGCGGCCAAGGCCAAGUUCUCGCUGUUCCGCAGCAAGAAACCGCGGCCGCGCUCGUCGUCCUUCAGCGACGAGCACGCGGCCGAGCCCGAGGCCGGCCGGCAGCCCAAGGGCAAAUUCGGGACCUUCGGGGGCAUCGGCUCCAAGGCCAAGGGCUGCUACGAGGUGACGGCCGUGCCCGAGGACGGGGGGCGGGCGCCGGGGUCCCCCAAAUCCCGCCUGUCCUCCUCGUCCUCCUCCGAGGGCGUGGCCCGCGCCGCGGUCCGAGUGCCCGGCCUGGAGCUGGCGGUGGCCAAGCGCAAGGAGUGACCGCGGGGUGGCCGAAGAGUGACCCCGGGGUGGCCAAAGAGUGACCCCGGGGUGGCCAAAGAGUGACCGCCAGGGGGGUUGUACAUAGGCCUGGACCGAGGGACCCCCGCGUGUACAGAGGGGGGGAGGGGCUGGGGGUCCCUCCCCCCGGAUUUUUGGGGUCCCCCCCUGUGCCGAGAGCUUUCACUUCUUCUCUCCCAAUUUAUCUUUUUUUGAUAUUUUUAUUGGGGUUUAUUUUGUGUCCCCUGUUUGUUGUUUUUGGUUUUUUUUUUUCUCCCUCCUCCCUCUCCCGAAAUAUUUUCAGUGUUUGGUUCGUGGAAAUUAAAUUUUUUUUUUUGGUCUUUUUGGGUUUUUUUUUUUUUUCUCCUUCCCCUCAGUUUUUAACUUUAUUUUUGGCCUUUUUUUUUGUUUUUUUUUUAUUUUCUGCAGGGCCUCAGGUUCUGCUGGGUCAGUGGAUUUAUUCAAAAUUUUGGGUUAUUUGGUUUGUGAAAGAAAUGAAACCAAAAGUGUAGAUUUUUUUAUUUAAAAAACAUGAGGUUUUUUAUAUAAAAAACAACCAAAACUGUGGAUUUAUUAAAAAAAAAAAUUAACCAAAGCUGUGGAUAUGUUAAAAACCAAAGCAAAAAUAUGGAUUUACUAAAAAAAGAAGAAAGUGGAAUUAAUAAAACCAACCAAAGUUAAAAUGUAGAUCCAUUUAAAAAAAAUUUAUUGAAGAAAUGAAUAUCAAAAUAAAUUAAAUAAAAGAAGUGACAGAGACAAAAUUGGGUCUGUUGGGAAAAUCAACCAAAGGGGAACAAUUAAAAAAUAAAAUUAAAUCGAUUUAGCCAAAGAAAUAAACAAAAAAUACGAAUUUAUUGAGCAGAAUAAACCAAAAAAUAUGAACUUAUUGAGAAAAAUAAACAAAAAAUAUGAAUUUAUUGAGUAGAAUAAACCAAAAAAUACGAAUUUAUUGAGCAGAAUAAACCAAAAAAUAUGAAUUUAUUGAGUAGAAUAAACCAAAAAAAAAAAGGAUUUAUUUAUAAAAUUAACCCAAACCACGGAUUUAUUCCUAAAACAAACCAAACCCAUGGAUUUACUACCAAAAAUAAACCAAAAGCUUGGAUUUAUCACUAAAACCAAACCAAAAACCCUCAGCUGUGACCUCCGAGCCAGCGUCGUCCCCUGGGCUGGAAAUUCAAUCCGAGGUUUUUCCUUUUUUAACCUUUUUUUACAUUUUAUUUUCCUUUUUUUUUUUUAAUUUUCAAUCUGUUUUCUGGCCGUUUUUUGGUGGGUUUUGUUACAUCCUUUGUAUUAUAAUUUGAUAAAAAGCCCCCGUUUCCCUCUCGUUUAACCCCAAAGGUGCGUCGGGAGUCCGGGAUAAAAAAGUUUUGUUUGGGAGGAUUUUUUAGGGGAAGUUGAAAUAAAUUAAAUUAAAAAAAAUAAAAAUUAAAAUAAAAUCCCCCCCCCCCAAAAAAAAUGGAAGAAAC